AUGGUUGCUGUCCCUCCCCACCUUUUGCGUGCGAUUGCACAAAACAAGCUUGUUGCCGAGCACAUUUCCCGAUCAGCACAGCUCACUCUCGAACAUACAGAGAGAGUCUUGCAAGCCAGGUGUCAAUCAACCACAACUCGGCAAAGCAUAGUCCCUCCUCAUAUCCUACGUAACAUUGCAGAGUCAGAUGCCAGCGAGGGCUCUCGCAAAAGCGCUAGAAAUAGCCUCGAACAUCUGAAGACCAUCAUCGGCAAGGUCAAAGGCUCCCAGUCCGGGUCUCAACAAGUGCUGGAGGCUUCAGGUCAAGAUUCAACAAAGCCAUCACCCAAAAGUCCUUAUCGUGCCAUUUACGACAUCCAUGAAAGCACCAACGAAGAAAAGCUUCCCGGCAAGCUUGUUCGCGACAACAAAAAGGAAACUGACAAGUCGGAAGACAAUACUGUCCACUUUGGAAAACAGUACGAAAACGCUUUUUGGGACCCAGAAAAGCUUCAGAUGGUCUUUGGAGAUGGCGGCGAGUUCCUCAACAACUUUGUCGGAUGUAUCGACGUCAUUGGGCAUGAGCUCUCACAUGCAGUCACAUCAAACACAAGUCCUCUCGAUUACUAUGGCCAGGCCGGUGCUUUGAACGAGCAUAUCUCGGAUGUUUUUGGCAUCAUGGUCAAACAACAAGUCCAGGAUGAGAAAUCCCCAGUCGCAGAUUGGCUCAUUGGUGAAGACUGCAUUCUUCCUGAUGUCAAGGGAACUGCCCUACGAAGCAUGAAGGAGCCUGGAACAGCCUACGACGAUCCUAUUUUCGGCAAGGAUCCUCAGGUGGCUCACAUGAAACAAUUCAAGACGACAUUCGAGGACAACGGUGGAGUGCACAUCUUUUCAGGAAUUCCGAAUCGAGCCUUUUAUCUUGCUUCCAAUGCAUUUGGCGGUUACUCUUGGGAGAAGGCUGGCAAGAUCUGGUGGGCAGCCAUGAGGUCAGGCAAGAUAGAGCCCAAGUGUACGUUUAAACAGUUUGCUGAUGUGACGAUUGAUUGUGCAAAGGAGCUCUUUGAUGACAAGACGGCCAAGGUGAUCAAGAAGGCGUGGACAGAUGUUGGGGUCCUCGACGAUGUUGGCACUGAGUCAACUCCGGGCAACUGGUGUGGUGUUCUGUAG